ACAUUGUCUACUUGUUGUGAUUUUAAUUACGAAAUUUUAAUUGUUUAUAUUUUCUAAGACCCCAUUAUGACUUCACAAGGAAGGAGCGAUUUCACAAGCCUGCAUAUAAUAUUUAUAAUAAGCGGUGGUGUGCUGACAGUCAUCAUUUUGUUUAUUUUCGCAAAACGACAAAUUACUAGGUUUGCGUUGAGGUCUCGGAGAGGACCUCACGUUCCUAUUGGUACUGAUGCUAAAAAGUGUUUAAAGAAAGAGAUAGAGCGCCGCAUAGAAGCCGUCCCGCGCAUCAUGCAUGAGCCCCGGCUGAUCAGUUCGGAGCCCUCACACUACAUCCUGGAGCCGCAACAGCCUUAUCACUACCGGUUCAAGGCUGUAGACGAUGUCAAGACAUUAGAGGAGGAGAUAGCCCGCCAAGACCCAUGCCUCCGCCGUCACCCCCGCGAGUCCCUCCGCGGCUUCCUCCUCUCCUCGCUAGCGGCCCCUCUGGACGGCCGCGGACAGAAGUUGGUACACCAGUUCUGCGACACGUACGAAUUCGCCCGCCACCACCCGGGGGAGUUUGGGGACGAUGAGUACCGGGCGUAUUCGAGAUUGCUGCUUAAAUUGCUGGAUGCUGCUCGCCUCCUAAAGAGCGUAGGCACCGGAGCGUGCCGCUCGUCGCCGCGCGCCAGCCCGGUGCGGCGCGCGCGCCUGCUCGAGCCGCGCCGCGCGCCGCCUAGACAACUCACCAACCAGUACACCGCCCUAGAGAACCUCCCAGCGGACACAAAGAUAGAGGAGGACUUGGUCCGGGUCCCCGUGAGGAGCCUCGCGCCCGCGCCCGCGCCCGCGCCCGCUCCCGCCGAUGAAACCGCUGUAUGAGGCCGGCCGCAUACACCCCCCUCCACUACAAGGUGGACUAUAUAACACAACGCGGGUGCCACAUACAGACGCUAGUGCUAAUCUACCAAAGAAGGUAGCAUCCUAUAGAAGUGGUAUACGCGUGCCUCCGUGAGGGACAAAACAUACGCGGUGCGACAAUAUUAAAAACACGUUUUAACAUUCCUAUACCGAAAACGAUCUACGUAAUUCGGUCGGGUUAUUUGUUGCCCGCCAUAAACCAUAUUAAAUUUAUGAUGGGGAACGAACAAAAAGUGAGACUGUGACGAGGACGAGCAAUAAUACCGCUUUCUCUGCUACUCCUACUGAAAGUUCCAUAAGUGCAUCUCGUUCAGUCAUUUGGCCCUUUCCCCGUUUCAUCUCUAUAUAAUUGUACCUCUAUGUAAUCUAUACUUAUCUUUUAGUAUUUAAAUAAAAGUUAACAAAAUCUACUGGAUUAUACGAUAAACAAAAUUUUCGGAAUAUGAUA